AUGAAAACCCUUUUCGCAGUUCGUUGCAAAGGAAGUUUGCUGAGGGGAAGUGGGAAUGAGAUCCCCUUUCUCUGGUUCCUCUGUGUACUGAGUGACAUUUUCCUUGGCUGCCCCGCCACCGUCUCGUCGCCGGACUCUUAUCCGGAGCUCGCACACCGGAAGGGGAGGCCCUUCCUCACCACCUGUCUUCUCUCGCUGCUUUCACCGCCAGACAAAGCCACGCCCUCGGUGAAGCCCUCUGCGCCGGCCCGCUGGCUCUGUCCUGAAAACUCUGACCGUCUUGGUUGCUGGAGGGAGAGCCAGCGACGGACACCCUUGAGGAGACGGGGCAGGAUCAGGAACACCAGUGAGGACGCAGAGGAACCCUGGCCACCCACAAGGGGCCCAGACCGCUGUGCUCCGGGGCCUCCCCCUGCCCGAGCACAGUGCUGGAUCCUGGAGUGUCCCCCUCCCUCGCAGCCCUUGGAGGAGGAUGGAAGAAUCGCUCAGCUUCAUCUCCCAGCCGUUGUCCCUCUCCUGCGGCAGAAGCAGCCCAGGCGACAGGGCUUUACAGCCAUCCCAGGGGCAGGUGCCUGGCCACGGUGCGGUGUCCUUGGCUCUGUCCCUGAAGGUCGCCAGCUAGGAUGCCGGUCUACCUGCGGGCUCGGACUGCAGCCUCCUUGUGCGCCCUGUCGCGUCAGAGACACCCGCACUGACAACUCAGCCCGGCCGUCUUCCCAGCCCUUUGGCUGGACGCAGCCCUCAUCUCACGCGUGCUCCGGGCUGGCCUCCCUGCUGAGGCGUCUCCUGACCCAGGCCGCCAGGAGACCGACCAGACCUUCACAGCUCAUGCCUGAGCAGCUGAGGAGCAGGAAAGCUUCUGCAGGCUCUCAGGGAAGCUGGGCUGUGACCCAUAAGUCCUUCUUCAGCGAGAUUUCCACCGAGAAGAGGGUGCAGACCCAUCACCCUCUCACCAUGGCAAUGGAGCCGGCCCUAAGUGCCAGGCUGAGGGAGCUUCGGGGCUCACCAGCUCACAGAGCAGGACAAGCAGCUGCUGACACGGCGAGGUGCCAGAUCAGUGACAGUAAGAAAGAGGGACUUCCCGGCAGGAGAGUCCGGGAAUUCGCAAGGCGGCAGAAGCAUGGGGCCAGGCCCUGGGGACAGACAGGAUGCGGACAGACGGCAGGGAGGAAGGGUCACGGGGAGUGUGAAUCAGGCUGCCUGCCCCCUGUGGAGGGAGGGCUUGGAGGAGGGCAGGCUGCAGGCCCAGGAGGGUGGGGAGGCCUGGCUCAGAACUGGGUCCUGCGGCUGAGCCUGCACAUGGACGAGGGUGUGGAGGGGACUUCUGCCAGGAAGUGUCAUGCCUGCAGCUACCCCGGUUCCACAGGGCUGGACCUGCCAGAGCCCCAGGCUGGUUCUGAGCACAAAUCAAAAACAGGUUUGCUGGUCUGUUGUAGUUUGGCCCACGCUGUGCUCCACUGUGUGACUUUGCUGUGUAAAUUACCCCUGAUACAGGGCCUCAGCAGCUCCGCCCUUCAGGACCCCGCCUCGAAAUCCAGGAGCCAUUCUUCUGUCCUUGUUUCCAAUAAAACCCUAACUUUUUCCUUCGGUUGGAGACUUCAUUCCUCAAUGUGGUGGGACAACAAAGUUGGGACAUCUGACGUCUAACAGGUUGGGAGUUCAUUUCUCCUGCAUCACGACGAUCACAGUUGGCGUCAGCCCCUUUGAGGGCAUGCCCCAAGGGUUGUAGCACUGUCUAAUUGUGUCACAGGCUGGUAACCACACCUUAAAAUAUGACCUUGGGGGAACAUUUUAAAUCUAGACCAUAAGUACCUCCAUCAAAAAGUGUGAGAAGCGC